ACAGGUCUUCCCGGGAGCCAAGGCAACCGGUAUCUUCCCAAGCUAGCAAGAGCGCCCCCUUCUCCCCGGCUUCGGGGACACAGCGACAGUGAUGGCUCCGGUGUCUGGUUCGCGCAGCCCAGAGAGGGAGGCCUCGGGCUCUAGGGUGAAGCGUCGCAGUUCGUCGAGGAGCCCUAAGCCCAGCAAAUCCGCCCGAUCCCCGCGGGGCCGCCGCUCUCGCUCGCACUCUUGUUCUCGGUCUGGGGAUCGGAAUGGCCUCAGCCAUCAGCCGAGUGGCCUCGGCCAAAGCUCCCGAAACCAGCCCUACCGCUCCCGCUCGCGGUCACGCUCUCGAGAGCGGCCUUCUGCGACGCGGGGCACCCCCUUCUCUUCUGCCUCGUCCGCCUAUUAUGGCGGCUACUCACGCCCCUACGGGAACGACAAGCCUUGGCCUAGCCUCUUGGACAAGGAGAGGGAGGAAAGCCUACGGCAGAAGAGAUUAAGCGAGAGAGAGAGGAUUGGAGAAUUGGGAGCUCCUGAAGUAUGGGGACUUUCUCCAAAGAAUCCAGAACCAGACUCUGAUGAACAUACACCAGUAGAGGAUGAGGAACCAAAGAAAAGCACCACUUCAGCUUCUACUUCAGAAGAAGAAAGGAAGAAGAAGAAGAAGGAUAGUCACUCAAAAGAAAGGUCCAAGAAAAGAAGGAAGAAAAAAUCAUCUAAAAGAAAACACAAGAAUUAUUCUGACGAUAGUGACAGUGACUCUGAUUCUGAAACAGACUCCUCUGAUGAAGAUACAAAAAGGAGAUCAAAGAAAGCCAAGAAAAAAGAAAAGAAGAAGAAACGCAGAUCGAAGAAACACAAGAAAAAGAAGUCUAAGAAGAACAGAAAAGAUUCCAGUGAUUCAAGCUCUAAAGAUUCCCAAGAAGAGUUUCUGGAGAAUCCCUGGAAGGAUCGAUCAAAGCCUGAAGAACCCUCGGAUUUAAUUGGCCCAGAGGCUCCCAAAACACUCACCUCUCAAGAUGAUAAACCUCUGAACUAUGGCCAUGCCCUGUUACCUGGUGAAGGUGCAGCUAUGGCUGAAUAUGUAAAAGCUGGAAAACGUAUCCCACGAAGAGGUGAAAUUGGUUUGACAAGUGAAGAAAUUGCAUCAUUUGAAUGCUCGGGUUACGUAAUGAGUGGUAGCAGGCAUCGCCGAAUGGAGGCUGUGCGACUACGGAAAGAGAACCAGAUCUAUAGUGCAGAUGAGAAGAGAGCUCUUGCAUCCUUUAACCAAGAAGAGAGACGAAAGAGAGAAAACAAGAUUCUGGCCAGUUUUCGAGAGAUGGUAUACAGAAAAACUAAAGGGAAAGAUGACAAAUAAAGAUUUUGGGCUUGUUCUGCAGAUGUUUUUAACAGAAAGUCUGGGUUUUAUAUAUACCUACAAAAAGAUUGUUAUGGCCUGAAACGCUUUGCAGUGCUACUGUGCCUUCUAUUUAAUUCUUUCCGUCUUUCAAUAAAAAGCUGCUUAUUGAUAUAA